CUUGUUACGAUGUCGUUAAAAUGGGAGGAAAGGCCUUGCAGACGUACCGGAAAUAAUUAUUCCUACAAUAUUUUUUUCUACAACUGGUCUUAUAUUUCGUCUUCGUGGCUCUUCGUCAACGCGGAUACUUUAUUUAAGGGGUCAUACAUGCAUGGUACCCUGACACUCCAAUGAAGAAAAAAAUGUGUAAUUCGUUGCCGGCCAAAUGCAGCAGGCAAAGCCGCGCCAUUCAAGAAUCUGCAACAGCAAGGGGAACUGUUCACUUGUGCUCUCAAACUUUCCAAGAACCGGCUCCACAAAACAGGCACCUGACCAUGGCGCAGCACAGCCACAACCUACUGAAGUUCUUGAACGAGGAUCGGACGCGGCAGAGGUUCUGUGACGUGACCGUGUCCGUGGGUGGGAAACUAUACGGUGCACACAAAGUGGUAUUGUCACACGGGAGCAGUUACUUCCACGCUGAGCUAUCCAAGAACCCUGCCAUGACCUAUGUGACUCUGGACCAUGUGGAAGAAUCGGUUUUCCAGCACCUGCUGGGCUUGUUGUACACUUCGGAGUGCGUCAUCGCGGAGGCAGAUAUCCAGGCUUUAAUGGAAGCAGCCCGGUUCUUGGACAUGAUGGAUGUAUUGAAGUUGCUGUAUGACGAGGAAGUUAACAUCCCUGUAAAUUUAAUCCGAGCUCGCGCUGAAUCAAGACUAGUGACACCCACUCUUUCUCCAGAAGGUGAUGCUGACACUCCAAACGCAUGUAUUCAACAGUUUUGUACAGAAAACAACCCGCAGAACCCGAGUCGGACUGAUAGUCCGGUUCAAAGUACAACAGAAAAGAUGUCCGCUUAUAAGAUGUCUGCCAUGCGGAGAUCUACUCGGAGGAGGAAAGCUCCUACUAAGUACGAAAAGGAUGACAUGGCGGACACCUCUGAGGAAGAGGAGCCAACAAGGGCGCAGGCUGACGAAAGAUUGGAUGAAGAAGCAGGAACCAAAAUGCCGGUGGACGAAACAAAAUCGUCUCAGGUAGAAGAUUUGGUCGGUGAGCAGGAGGACGGAGAGGACGAAGGGGGCCUAAGUGAGGAGGCGGCCGUGCAGAAGAAAGCCACUGAGCCCUGUGGGGAAAGCGAGAGGACGGCGCAGCAGACCAACACUGAGGUCGGAGUGAAAACGCCAGCAGCACGAAGUUCCAGCCAAAGUCCAGUGUACCCUGAAGGUCUGGCUCCUGUCAUCAUCCACACCGCCAGCAAGAAGACUCUCAUGUGCCCCAAAUGUGACAAGAGCUUCGACCGAGCAGGGAAGUACGAGAGUCACACCAGAGUGCACACGGGAGAGAAACCCUUCCAGUGUGACGUCUGUCUCCAGUGCUACUCCACCAAGUCUAACUUGACCGUUCACAAAAAGAAACACGCCAGCGACGCUCCCUUCCAGAAGAAAGAACACAAGUGUCCUUUUUGUAAUAAACUCCACGCCAGCAAGAAAACGCUGGCUAAGCACGUCAGGAGGUUCCACCCAGACCAUCUCCAAGAGUUUCUCAGCAAGAGGAAGAAGAAAAGCGAAGGCUGGAAGUGUGCUAUUUGUAUGAAGACUUUUUCCCGCAGGCCUCACUUGCAGGAACACAUGAUCCUGCACACACAAGACCGGCCAUUCAAAUGCUCUUUCUGUGACGAGUACUUCAAGUCCAGGUUUGCCAGGCUUAAGCACCAUGAAAAGUUCCACUUAGGACCUUUUCCGUGUGAGUUCUGCGGCAGACAGUUCAACGACACCGGCAACAGAAAGAGGCACAUCGAGUGCACGCAUGAAGGGAAGCGAAAGUGGACAUGCUUUGUUUGUGGCAAAGCAGUAAGGGAGAGGACAACCUUGAAGGAGCACAUGCGCAUCCACAGCGGCGAGAAGCCUCACUUGUGUAGCAUCUGUGGACAGAGUUUCCGCCACGGCAGCUCCUAUAGGCUUCACCUGAGAGUCCACCAUGAUGACAAGCGCUACGAGUGUGAUCAAUGUGGGAAGACUUUCAUACGCCAUGAUCACCUGACCAAACAUCAGAAAAUUCACUCUGGUGAAAAAGCUCACCAGUGUGAAGAAUGUGGGAAGUGUUUCAGGCGCAACGACCACUUAACAGUCCACUACAAAAGUGUGCAUUUGGGGGAGAAAGUGUGGCAGAAGUAUAAAACGGCCAUGCAUCAGUGCGAGGUUUGCAAGAAAGAAUUUAAAGGGAAGUCCAGUCUUGAAAUGCACUUCAGGACCCACUCAGGUGAGAAACCCUUCAGAUGUCCAGAGUGCCCCCAGACCUUUCGGAUCAAGAAGACCUUGACGAAGCACAUGGUUAUCCAUUCUGACGACCGUCCUUUCAACUGCCAACACUGCAACGCCACCUUUAAAAGGAAAGACAAGCUCAAGUAUCACGUGGACCACGUGCACUGUAACCGCUCGCCCGAGCAGCCCCUCGGAACGCCCGGCCAGGACAAAUUGGGCCCGGAUCCUUUUAUUGCAGCGCCGAAGUCAGCGGUGCAAUCCGGCGACGCGCCUACUAACGUGUGCGUUCCUGUCACCUUAGUCCCCGUCCAGAUGGCAGGUGGCGAACUGGACGCUCACAGGGCCGACACUCAGACGCACGGCAUUGACAGCAUGCAGCCUGAAGCGCAGCAGCAGCAGCAGAACCCUGGCUACCAGUCCGCCACAGAGCUGGCCUUUUUAGAGAAGUACACCAUCGCACCACAGUCCGCCAACAUUGUUCACCCCAUGAGGCCCGAUCAGAUUCUAGAUGCCCGAGAGCAGUCAUACUUAGGAACGCUGCUUGGUUUGGAGUCUACUUCCUCCAUGGAGGACGUUGUUAGAGUUACAAUUACCUAAACAAUAUUACCGUAUUUUCCAGAAAAAAAAGACCAUUUUGCCAUAUGCUAUUUUUUUCCAAUAUAAGUCGCAGUUUUAUACAUUGUAAAAUUAGUCAUUUACACAGAAUAUUUUUUAAGUUUUUUUACAUACCUUUAUUGUUUCCAAACAAUGUCUGUGACGCGGCAGUAAAACGGCUGAUCAAACAAAACAGAAGUCAUCAUCCCGGACCCACUAGCUGCGGAAGCUCGCUCUCCAAUCAGCUAAACAGACUCAAUAACUCCACGGUGACGUUUUGGUAAAUUUACUGAAAAAUUUCUGGAACUGAAACAAUACAAAAAGAAUGCCGUUGUAAUAAUAGCUAAUGUUAAUGACGCCAGCUUGAUUACACUGCGAUAGCACGGACAAAUAUGCAUGAAAGUUCUCUUACAGACAUCACACAUUGGACGAUUUAGUGAGUAUGAAUUGUUUUAGUUGCAUUGUAAAACUUACAAACGUUGAUGGAUGAAGAAUCCAUGCGAGUAAAAACGCUAUGGACGAUGAGAAGACGGAACAACACUUCUACUUCUGGUUCAUAGCUUUAAACAGAAGAAAACACUUAUCAGCUCCUGCAAUGAGCGAACUCUUCCAAAAAAUGGCACCAUAGCACAAACAAUAACACAUGCAUGUUUUAUUUGCUUUAGCAAAGAAAAAUCCAAAAAUUUGCAACACGGGGUUCAAAGUGUAGGGAAAAAAGUAGCGACUUUUUACGAUAUAGGUUAUCUAAAUGACUUUUAAGAUGCUUUAGUAUUCUUGCAAGAAGGGACAACAAUAAUUUUCAAAAGCGCAGCUUGUUCAGGAAAUGCUACCUUUGCCAAACGCACUCUACUAUUGUUUCUGUGCCCUGACCCUGAACGCAACACUUGACAGUUCAAUCAGUAUAAGGCUGCAACGAUUAAUCAAUUAAAGUAUUAUUAACAGUUUGAGUGUAACUAAAAAAGAUCAAAUCUGGUUUGCUAGGAAUGCCCGGAACUUUAAAUACGCGGACCUAGUUCCCACACGGCCGCUGCAAUCGGGCGCACACAAGAGCGACAGUGGGGCGGCGAACAACAGAGAUUUGAGCUUCUUUUAUUAAAGCAUACGUGUUAAAAGUGCAAUUUUAAUCUUGAUCAUGUGGAUUUAUUCGACAAAAAAGAAUGAAAGUUUAAGCAGAAAAUCAUUGUUUAUUUCAACAAUUUGACCUAAAAUUGACAUUGAAGCUGUAAGUGUGUUUUAUCCGAUUAAUCCAACAAACUAAUCGAUUACUUGAUUACCAAAAUGAUCGAAAGCCGCAGCCUUAAAUCAGUUGUUAUUGAUCAAAGUUAGGACACCAACACUUACCCUAUUAGAAAAAGUGUCAAUAACCUAUGGACAGCUAUUUGCAAAAUUAAACUCCGUGGGCCUCAUCUAAUAAGAUUAAAAAUUACACGUGCAAAGUAACGUGUGAAAACUAUAAAAUUGCGCGUACUAUUAGUAGGCGUGUUGUGGGUGAUCUCCUAAGACUGUGUGUACAAUAGAUUACAAGUGCAAAAGUAGUGCUGCCACUUUUGCAGAUUAAGUUUUUGUGUGUAUAAUGUCAGGUUUAAACACUGAUGACAUCUAUUAAACAAGACAGAAAGCAAGGAAUUAAACAGAGACAGAAUUACAUUUGGCUCAAUGAGGAGAAACGCGUACACUUGUACCCUUCAUCGUACAGUGUUCCACGCUCUGAAGAAAGAUUGUUUUUAUUUGGACUUUCCCUGAUUACUUGGCAACAGCUGUUUCUAAGGGAGGGAGUCGUAAACAACCACUGCCUUUGGUUACAAAACAGUUCAAAGAAGAGGUCGCCUACUUCCUUUCCGCUUUGUAGUUCUCAGGUCAAGACAAAAUCUUUCUGUGGAUUACAAUACAUCAAAGAAACCGAACACCUUCAUGUUGCUUCCCAUCCUACACAGUGGAGUUUUACAAGCCUUCUUCUUGGUAGGAUCAGAGACAGCUUUUGUGUUCUCGCCGGGAACUCAAAAGUUUUGCGAUAACUUUGAUGCAAUUAUUCUGACUGUCACUAUGGAGACACUCAUUUACUGCACUUCCAUCGCUUCAUAUGCUCCAACCUGUAAUGUUUUGAGAUGUUAUGGAAAGUGCACAAAUAUAAUUUGUGCCAUAUUUUCUUGGCUUUAUAGGAGCGUGAUUAAGACAACAGAAGCUAUUUAACUUACCAGGUAGCAUGUACGUUCAUAAGUUCUAACUAUAGAGGCAAAACCGUAGCCGCAGAAAAGUUUUAUCCUUGAUAAAUGUCAUUUAGAGCAGUGUUUUUCAACCGUUUUUUUAGCAAAGGUACAUUUUUUGCGUUGAAAAAACCCGGAGGUACACCACCAGCAGACAUCAUUAAAAAACGAAACUCAGUUGAGAGUAAAAAGUCGUUGUCGCAAUUGUUGGAUAUGACUUUAAACCAUAACCCAACAUAGAUUCUCUCAAAGUAUGUGUACUGUCACCACCUGACUUAAUUGGAGUUGUUUGCUGUUUUCCUGUGUGUAGUGUUUUAGUUCUUGUAUUGCGCUCUUAUUUUAAUGUUUUUUUUUGUUAAGGUCUUGGUCAAGUGGGUGUGACCCCAGGAUGCAGAGAUGGGAGACAAGGUGGGAUUACAAAAUAUUAAAACAUUUGAUUAGACAAAAAGGGAUAACUAAGGGCGAUGGGGCAGAAAAGCACACCAUGUAAUCAGGAUAAAAUAGGUUCCUCAGAGGUCGGCAGGUGAAAGGGCCAGGGCAAACUGAGUAUGGCAAGAGUCCAACCCAAGAAAUCCUUUUACCCCAGGGGGACUAGGAAAUAAACACACAAGAGGUUAGGGGAUUCAGGACAAAGAAGCGAAAACGUACCGGGACUGCUGAAGCAGGUUCAUGCACGAGAUGAUGAGUUCGGGAUUCAAUAACCGGCGAGGCCAACCAAGCUGUCAGUGGCGAGCCUAAAUACUGCCAGGUUAAUUGAGAGCAGGUGUGCCACGAGGCCCGCCCCUUGCCGAGGAUGAAACACUGAUAACACAGGUGCAGAAAAGAAGAAGGCAGGAUAAAACUAAAACACAACAUUUUUCUCCUUUUUUGGUAUUUUCCUGUAGCAGUUUCAUGUUUUCCUUUGAGCCAUCUUUCCCGCAUCUACUUUGUUUUAGCAAUUAAGAAGAUUUUAGUUGUUUUUAUCCUUCUUUGUGGGGCCAUUGUUGAUUGCCAUGUCAUUGUGGACGCCGUCUUUGCUCCACAGUAAGUCUUUGCUGUCGUCCAGCAUUCUGUUUGUGUUUACUUUGCAGCCAGCUCAGUUUUAGUUUCAUUCUGCGUAGCCUUCCCUAAGCUUCAAUGCCUUUUCUUAGGGGCACUUACCUUUUGUUUAUUUUUGGUUUAAGCAUUAGAUACCUUUUUACCUUCACGUUGCCUCCCACUGUUUUUGACAUCUACAAAGCAAUUAGCUACCGGCUGCCACCUACUGAUGUGGAAAAGUAUUACACGGUUACUCUGCCGAGCUAUAAACAGCACCGACUUAAUUUGCAGACUAUAAUUACCCAUCCAUCCAUCCAUCCAUCCAUUUUCUACCGCUUAUUCCCUUUCCGGGUCGCGCCUAUCUCAGCUACAAUCGGAAGGAAGGCGGGUUACACCCUGGACAAGUUGCCACCUCAUCGCAGGGCCAACACUAUAAUUAGAUAGAUAGAUAGUACUUUAUUGAUUCCUUCAGGAGAGUUCCUUCAGGAAAAUUAAAAUUCCAGCAGCAGUGUACAGAGUUGAGAUCAAUUUUAAAAAAAAAAGUAAAAAGUAAAUAAUGGGGGUUUAAAAGGAAACAAAAUAGAGAAAUAUUACAAAAAGAAUAAAAACAAUGGGAAUAACAAUAUAACAGUAAAAUAAGAAUAUAACAAGACAAAGUAGGCAGUAGUGACCAUGUUAUUACUGGUUUGCAAAAAAUAUUUUUAACCCAAAUAGGUGAAAUUAGACUAUACCUCACGGAACACUAGUGUGCCGCGGCACAGUGGUUGAAAAACACUGAUUUAGAGUGAUUUUGCAUUAUCUCCUCCCAGUAUUGUGGGCUUGUGUAUAUUCUGUAUAUUCGUGAAAACGAAGUUAGAGUUUUAUAAGGAAUCCGGCCUGGUGGUGCCUCUAGUUUCAUUUUAAAGAUGUGACAGUCUAACAGUCGCCAUUUGUGGAUAACAUAAGUACAUCAGGUCAAUAACCGGGAAUUGUACUUUGAAGCGUGCACAGAGUGGACUUCAUCCGACCCUGUCCAAACAACCUUUCCCGCCAAUGACACACACACAUGGUCGCAGAUUACACAACCUGCUCACUGAACUUUGUGGAUUUUAUUUAAAAAAAACUAAACAUUCAAGCACCAUUUAUAAUGCAAAACUACACACAUUUAAAUCCAAAACACUCUCUCCACACUUAUCUAUGAUUGGUGCAUUUUAGCUGUUUAUUUCUGAUAUAUAAGUAACAUACAUGAGUUCAAACCCCGGCCGAGUCAUACCAAUUACUGUGAAAAUGGGAGCCAUUACCUCCCUGCUUGGCACUCAGCAUCAAGGGUUGGAAUUGGGGGUUAAAUCACCAAAAAUGUUUCCUGGGCGCUGCCAGCGCUGCUGCCCACUGCUCCCCUCACCUCCCAGGGGGUGAUCAAGGGCGAUGGGUCAAAUGCUGAGAAUAAUUUCGCCACACCUAGCAUGUGUGUGUCAAUCAUUGGUACUUUUAACUUAAUACAUACACACACUUCCUUGUGUUUGUUACCUUCUUGUGACCUCCGAAAAAUAUAUAGAUAUAUAAAGAUUUGCAUUUACAACAUUAAUAAUGUAUACAUACUAUGUAAAUAUAAACAAGGUAAGCUUUUUAGCUCAUUAUUUAUUUUAUUUUAUUUUAUUUUAUUGUUUUUAUCCAUCCAUCCAUCUUCUUCCGCUUAUCUGAGGUCGGGUCACGGGGGCAGCAGCCUAAGCAGGGAAGCCCAGACUUUCCUCUCCCCAGCCACUUCGUCCAGCUCUUCCCGGCUCGAUUGUUUUUUAAUCUUCAUUAUUUACUUCAAGGUAUGACAGUAUGUCUCUGUAUACAUAUUGGGUUUUUUUUUUCAUUAUUAAUUUUGGCCAAAGGGGGUGUAGAUUCCUAGUGAAGCAUUAGCUUGACGCUCCUCUACUUUCUCCUGCUCCCGCUUGCUGCGGCAACGACAAACAAAACUCCAGACGCUCCUCUUCGUUUUGUACCGUUUGCUUGUGAACGUAAUCAUUUCACAAACGUAAAACAAUAACAAUGUGGGAACAAAUGAAUGGAAAAAUAAAGCGAGUUUGUUACAGUAAGAAAGAGUUAGAAAAAAAGUAAGGUCAAAACCAUAUUACCAAACAGAUUCUUCCGCCAUAUAUGCAAUUAAACAGUUACGUAAUCUUCACUGUAUGAAAGCAGUAUAAAAUAGUACAUCAUCAAAUUAUUCAGACAAAUAUAAUAAUUACAAAUAAAGUGUACCUUAUAAUUAUUCUAAGCAUGUCAUAUAUACAUUUUCGUAUCAUACAAAUAAUGUAAAUAGUCCCCUUUUGGCUGAAUAAACAUAAAGUACCCUCCAUAAAAUGUAAAUGAACUAAAACAGCAUUUAGGCUCCUACAGGGGGCGCAUUUCAAUUCCUUACACACACUUGUUAUUUCAUAUGUUGACCAGAAGGGGAGCACUUUUAAAAGUUAAAGUAUCCCUCCAGGUUUGGUGAAAUUACUCUCUGCAUUUGACCCAUCCUUGUGUUCCACUCAAUUAGGAGGUGAGGGGAGCAGUGAGCAGCAGUGGUGUCCGCGCUCAAGAAUCAUUUUUGGUGAUUUAACCCCCAAUUCCAACCCUUGAUGCUGAGUGCCAAGCAGGGAGGUAUCCAUGACUCCAUGCAUCCAUGACGCUUCCUGACUAUAUGUUACACCCCCGCGCCCCCAACCCCGCCCACCUUACCGAGGCACGGGGGGGGGGCGGUGUUUGGUGCUAGCGGUGAUGAUAGUAUAGUCAGGACGAGUCAUGGAUGCAAAUAAUUCUGUGUAUUUGUUGUGUUGCGUUUAUGUUGUGUUACUGUGAGGAUGUUCUCCCAAAAUGUGUUUGUCGUUCUUGUUAGGUGUGGCUUCACAGCGUGGCGCAUAUUACUAACAGUGUCAAAGUUGUUUAUAUCACAACCAUCAGUGUACUCUGUGUCACCCAGGAUGCCUUGCAGUUGUGUGCGUGUGUCUGCGGAAGCUACAUACAAACUUGUUGCUGGACUGACAAGCAGUUUGUACAUGUUGUAGAAGGCGUCAAAGGCACUGGCUUCGUAGCACGCCCUUAUUCUUGUUAUCUGGGUGACCGCCAGCAGAUAUUUGCGAGAAUGUACGCGGCUCCUAUUGUCUUCUUUACUUUGUGACACAGGUCAAAAUGGCUCUUUGAGUGGUAAAGGUUGCCGAUCCCUGAACUAUGUAUAUUAAAUAUUUCCGAAUGGUUCAACCGCCACCCGCCCGAAUAUAUUUAAAAUCUAUUUUUUCGUCACGUCACCCGCCCGACCCGCUGUUUAUCCACGGAUGAUACCACAAACCGCGCAUCUCUAGCAUAUAGACAAUUAUUUCAUCCGCAACCGCAUCACAAAAGUUGUCAUCCAUCCGAACCAACAUUUUAUCAAAACCACACCCGCCCGCCGCCCGCCUGUUUUAUAUCUAAUAAGGACGAUGCAAGGCAUUAGUGAGGUUAGAACUCUUUUGCCUGUUAAAGAAAGGAGGCUGAUCAAAUGCAGCAGAGACAUUCAAUGAGUGAUAAUAUUAUUUAUCAUUAUCAUAAUAUGAUGGUCAUUUCCAUUAAGAAAGUAUUGACUAUUGUUGCCAAUGCCCUCAGAUCAGGAGUGCGUUCCUCACACGAUGCUUUUAAGAAGUUAAAAAAAAUGUUUUAGAAUGACUUGGCCUAUAUUUUCGUUAGGUAAAAAUACAUGUUCUGAAUUUAUUUCAAUGAAUAUUAAAGGCCUACUGAAAUGCGAUUGUCUUAUUUAAACGGGGAUAGCAGGUCCAUUCUAUGUGUCAUACUUGAUCAUUUCGCGAUAUUGCCAUGUUUUUGCUGAAAUGAUUUAGUAGAGAACAUCCACGAUAAAGUUCGCAACUUUUGGUCGCUAAUAGAAAAGCCCUGCCUUUACCGGAAGUAUGUGCGCGUGACGUCACCAGUUGCAGGGCUCCACACAUAUUCACAUUGUUUAUAAUGGGAGCCACCAGCAGUAAGAGCGAUUCGGACCGAGAAAGCGACAAAUUCCCCAUUAAUUUGAGUGAGGAUGAAAGAUUUGUUAAUUACGAUAUUGAUAGUGAAGGAAUAGAAGAAAAAAAAAUCGGCGGAAAAGUGAGCGUUUCAGAUGUAAUUAGACACAUUUACUAGGAUAAUUCUGGAAGAUCCCUUAUUUGCUUAUUGUUUUAAUAGUGUUUAAGUGAAAUUUUAUAGAUUGUAAAGACAUACGUCGAGGUCGGAUGGCUGCGGUGAACAGGCAGUGUCUCAGAGAGAAGCUGAGGAGCCAAGCUCACAGCUGCCGCUGCUGCAGGACGACGAAUAAUCCAAUGAUUUCUCCGGUAAGAUAUAUAUCACAAUUUCCCCAUCCAAAAACAUGCUGGUUGACUGCUCCGCUUCACAACAAACAAAGAAACAUUGAAUGUCUCGGUGCUAAAGACAGCUGCAAUCCACCGCUUUCCACCAACAGCAUUGUUUUUUAUAGUCUCCAUUAUUAAAAGAACUAAUUGCAAAAGAUUCAGCAACACAGAUGUCCAAAAUACUGUGUAAUUAUGCGGUCAAAGCAGACGACUUUUAGCCGUAAGUGGUGCUGAGCUAAUAUUUCCUGAGAGUCCGUGACGUCACGUGUACGCGUCAUCAUUCCGCGACGUUUUCAACAAGAAACUCGCAGGAAAUUAAAAAUUGCAAUUUAGUAAACUAAAAAGGCCGUAUUGGCAUGUGUUGCAAUGUUAAUAUUUCAUCAUUGAUAUAUAAACUAUCAGACUGCGUGGUCGGUAGUAGUGGGUUUUUAGUAGGACUUUAACUUGUUAACAUUAUAAUGCUCAAAUAGGGACGAGGGCGGCGUGCACAGUGAAACUGAACAAUUUCGCGACAAAGAUGAACAUUUAUUGAUGGAUCUGCAGCCAUGACAAAAUAUCAGACAAUCUCCAUUGUCAACGACAGGCAGGAAAAUAAAGACAAACACAUAGCCUAUGUUGUAGGCAUAGGCUCAUAAGUUUUUAAGUUGAAAUAAAGAAAUAAAAUAAAAAAAUGGGCCUCAUAAGCCUUAGGACAGGGGUAGGGUACCUAUAGCUCGCGAACCAGAUGUGGCUCUUUUGAUGACUGCUUCUGGCUCUCGGAUGAAUCUGAGCUGACAUUGCUUAACACGAUAAGUAAUUAAUAAUUCUACUUGUCAUUACAGUGUUAAAAAUAAUGUUCAAAAUAUAAAACAUUCUCAUGCAUUUUUAAUCCAUCCAUCCGUUUCCUACCGCACCUGUUCAAGAAGUUGCGUUAAUGGUAAGAAGUUAUUUAUUUAUAAUUGGUUAGUGUGGGGCUUGCCCUCCUGGGGGUUCUUCAGACCACCAAGCACCGACAUGAGAGCCUGUUUCAGGGUUACAAUAUUGUUUUAUUUUUCAAAAAGUCUCUCAGUUGCUUUACAGAAAUGGUAUUUUUCUUUUUUCGUUCUCGCUCGCGCUCUGGCUCCAGCCCCAACCCCGUCUCUCCUCCUGGCUGCUGCUAAUAACAGAGCGACAGGUGAUUAGAUAACAAGGCCCAGGUGGGCCUUCUACUUACCUGUCGCUGAUUUCGAGGCCGAUCAUGGCACACCCCAGUUUGCUGCAGGGGGCCACGCCCCCUUCCACAGUUAUCUUCAAAAUAACAAUGUUAUUACAAAGAAUAAGAGACCUAUUAUACUCUAGAAAUGUUGGUCUUACUUACUUUUAGUUGUGUUCAGCGUUAAAAAAAAUAUUAUAUGGCUCUUCCGGAAAUACAUUUUAAAAUAUUUGGCUUUUUGGCUCUCUCAGCCUUGGGCUGUCAAUCACGCGCACAAACCUAAAUUAUUCAAUAACAUAUGUAUGUCAUCCCUAUUUAAACAAAAAUAGGUUAAAUAAAUAAUAAUAAUAAAUUACCUGCAACUUAUUGGCCAAGGCAGGGCUUCACGGUGGCAGAGGGGUUAGUGCGUCUGCCUCACAAUACGAAGGUCCUGCAGUCCUGGGUUCAAAUCCAGGCUAGGGAUCUUUCUGUGUGGAGUUUGCAUGUUCUCCCCGUGAAUGCGUGGGUUCCCUUCGGGGACUCCGGCUUCCUCCCACUUCCAAAGACAUGCACCUGGGGAUAGGUUGAUUGGCAACACUAAAUGGUCCCUAGUGUGUGAAUGUGAGUGUCAAUGUGGUCUGUCUAUCUGUGUUGGCCCUGCGAUGAGGUGGCGACUUGUCCAGGGUGUACCCCGCCUUCCGCCCGAUUGUAGCUGAGAUAGGCGCCAGCGCCCCCCGCGACCCCGAAUGGGAAUGAGCGGUAGAAAAUGGAUGGAUGGAUUAUUGGCGAAGGCAAAUAGCUGAAGGGGGGAAAUCAAACCCAUCAGACUGCUCUUUAUCAUCAAACUUAAAUUCUAAUGAAAAUAGACGAUCGCAACAAACCAAAAAGGCUAAAUAGCCUUACAUUGUAACCAAUCGGAGAUGCGCUUCACUUGAAAGCGAGGCCUAAUAAUUAACACACAGUUGUAUAUCUCCAAUAGAAAAAAAACACAAUAAACAACGCAACUGCCUUAAAGGCCUACUGAAAUGAGAUUUCCUUAUUUAAACGGGGAUAGCAGGUCCAUUCUAUGUGUCAUACUUGAUCAUUUCGCGAUAUUGCCAUAUUUUUGCUGAAAGGAUUUAGGAGAGAAAAUCGACGAUAAAGUUCGGCACUUUUGGUACCUUUACCGGAAGUCGCAGACGAUGACGUCGCAAGUGUGGGGGCUCCUCACAUCCUCACAUUGAUUUUAAUGGGAGCCUCCAACAAAAACAGUGAUUCGGACCGAGAAAACGACAAUUUCCCCAUUAUUUUUGAGCGAGGAUGAAAGAUUUGUGUUUGAGGAUAUUGAUACCGACGGACCAGAAGAAAAAAAAACGCGAUAGCAUUGGGACGUAUUCCGAUGUUUUUAGACACAUUUACUAGGAUAAUUCUGGGAAAUCCCUUAUCUUUCUAUUGUGUUGCUAGUGUUUUAGUGAGUUUAAUAGUACCUGAUAGUCGGAAGGGUGUCUCCACGGGUGUCUUGAUGCCAUGUCUCACGGGAGUCGACGGCAGCUGUACGGACGACACAAGCUCAGCCGAUAUCCGGUAAGUGGCGACUUUUUAACCACAAUUUUCUCACCGAAACCUGCUGGUUGAAAUUCGGUUGGGAUCCAUGUUCUCUUGGGAUCCAUAGGAAAGUUUCAGCUCCGGGAAUUUUAAACGAGGAAUCACCGUGUGUUUGUGUGGCUACUAAAGGCUAAAGCGUCCCAACUCCUUUUUUCUACUGUGACUUCUCCAUUAUUAAUUGAACAAAUUGCAAAAGAUUCAGUAACACAGAUGUCCAAAAUACCGUGUAAUUAUGCCGUUAAAGCAGACGACUUUUAGCUGUGUGUGUGCGUAGCACUCAUACUUCCUAAAAAUGCGUGACGUCCUGCGUACACGUCAUCAUUACACGACGUUUUCAAGACGAAACUCCCGGGAAAUUUAAAAUUGUAAUUUAGUAAACUAAAAAAGCGGUAUUGGCAUGUGUUGCAAUGUUAAUAUUUCAUCAUUGAUAUAAACUAAUAGUGGGUUUCAGUAGGCCUUUAAUUUGCAUUGUAGUGCGCCCAAACAACACGUAACCAUUAAAAACUAUUCAGCUGACCGAACUCAAUAUAGGUUAGACAUGGGCUUAUUUGGUAUAGCCUAGGUAACGUAGACUAAUUCGUUUAACAUAUCCAACCGUAUGUCUACUUACAGUGGGGCAAAAAAGUAUUUAGUCAGCCAGCGAUUGUGCAAGUUCUCCCACUUAAAAUGAUGACAGAGGUCUGUCAUUUUCAUCAUAGGUACACUUCAACUGUGAGAGACGGAUUGUGGAAAAAAAAUCCAGGAAUUCACAUUGUAGGAAUUUUAAAGAAUUUAUUUGUAAAUUAUGGUGGAAAAUAAGUAUUUGGUCAAUAACAAAAAUUCAACUCAACAUUUUGUAAUAUAACCUUUGUUGGCAAUAACAGAGGUCAAACAAUUACUAUAGGUCUUUACCAGGUUUGCAUACACAGUAGCUGGUAUUUUGGCCCAUUCCUGUGAUGUUUUGGGGCUGUCGCCGAGCAACACAGAGUUUCAACUCCCUCCACAGAUUUUCUAUGGGGUUGAGGUCUGGAGACUGGCUAGGCCACUCUAGGACUUUCAAAUGCUUCUUACGGAGCCACUCCUUCGUUGCCCGGGCGGUGUGUUUGGGAUCAUUGUCAUGCUGGAAGACCCAGCCACGUUUCAUCUUCAAAGCUCUCACUGAUGGAAGGAGGUUUUGGCUCAAAAUCUCACGAUACAUGGCCCCGUUCAUUCUUUCCUUAGCACGGAUCAGUCGUCCUGUCCCCUUAGCAGAAAAACAGCCCCAAAGCAUGAUGAUUCCACCCCCAGGCUUCACAGUAGGUAUGGUGUUCUUGGGAUGCAACUCAGUAUUCUUCUUCCUCCAAACACGACGAGUUGAGUUUAUACCAAAAAGUUCUAUUUUGGUUUCAUCUGACCACAUGACAUUCUCCCAUGUGCUCUCUGGCAAACUUCAGACGGGCCUGGACAUGCGCUGGCUUAAGCAGGGGGACACGUCUGCCACUGCAGGAUUUGAUUCCCUGUCGGCGUAUGUGUUACUGAUGGUAACCUUUGUUACUUUGGUCCCAGCUCUCUGCCGUUCAUUCACCAGGUCCCCCCGUGUGGUUCUGGGAUUUUUGCUCACCGUUCUCACGAUCAUUUUGACCCUACGGGAUGAGAACUUGCGUGGAGCCCGAGAUCAAGGGAGAUUAUCAGUGGUCUUGUAUGUCUUCCACUUUCUGAUAAUUGCUCCCACAGUUGGUUUUUUCACACCAAGCUGCUUGCCUAUUGUAGAUUCACUCUUCCCAGUCUGGUGCUGGUCUACAAAUUAUUUUCCUGGUGUCCUUCGACAGCUCUUUGGUCUUGGCCAUAGUGGAGUUUGGAGUCUGACUGUUUGAGGCUCUGGACAGGUUUUCUUUUAUACAGAUAACGAGUUCAAACAGGUGCCAUUAAUACAGGUAACAAGUGGAGGACAGAAGAGCUUCUUAAAGAAGAAGUUACAGGUCUGUGAGAGCCAGAGAUCUUCCUUGUUUGAAGUGACCAAAUACUUGUUUUCCACCAUAAUUUUACAAAUAAAUUCUUUAAAAUUCCUACAAUGUGAAUUCCUGGAUUUUUUUUUUUCACAUUCUGUCUCUCACAGCUGAAAUGUACCUAUGAUGAAAACUACAGACCUCUGUCAUCAUUUUAAGUGGGAGAACUUGCACAAUCGGUGGCUGACUAAAUACUUUUUUGCCCCACUGUACUUUUUUUUUGUUAACACUAUGCAGGACUAAAAUGGCAUCUACAGUGCCAGGAUUCAGGCGAGAGUGCCUGGCCUCUAAAAUGCGCCCUGCUGGGCUGAAGGAGCAUUCAUUUGCGGCACUUGUUGGUGGGACUCAUAGGAUUCUCUUGGCAAGGUGUUGUAGUCGUGGGAAUGAUUGUCCUUGUUUCCCCCAAAAGGAAAGUAGAUUUUCCUCUGCUGAUCCGUCGAGAUGGAAGUUUGUAGAGGAAUAAUCCUCUACUUCAUCAACAAUCACCGGUGUAUCCUCCUCCCAUUCUGUGAAGUCAAUCCUUUUCUUUUUCGGUGAUGCGCUAUCAGCUCCACUUAAAGGACCGAUAAAAUCUAUUAAAGCCUAAUAUGUUACACCUAUAAAACAGUCAGUCAACAUAACAUAAACUUAAUAGCCCAGGCAGGCAGGCAAUGUAUCAACUGACCUUGCUCUGUUGCUGAUUGGGGCUCGGUGACAGGGUUUUCUUCUCCAACACGACUGACCCAGACGCUUUCCUCUGGAAGAAGUUCCCGAACUUGCAUAAUCACCUCUCGUCUGUCCUCUUCUGCCAGCAUUUUCAGCUACUUAAAUUCCGGGUGGAGAAAAGUGGCGAUUUUGUGAGUAGCAGUUGGAUGCAUCUUCUCAUCAAGCAGAGCGGAGUGUUUUCAUUUAAGGUGGGUCUCCAGUGUUUUUUCAGCUUGAAAAACCAGAGCAGAACCAUCUGAACGGUUGGGUGAUGUUCUCCUUCAAGCUCGCUGAUUGCUGACUUGAAAAGGGUGAGAAACUCGAUCAAGUGUGCGAGUUGAUCCUGGUGAAUGCCAUCGAGGCGAUGUUCUUGGUCUUUGCUCCGUAGCAGCUCUCUGAUGUCUUGGUAUUGUUUCCUGGAUUGAUUCCAACAUCGUGACUUUACCGUUCCAUCGCACAUCACAUUCUUGAUUCACGGUAUGCUUUAGGCCGGCGACGGCACCGGUUCUUUUCAGAAAUGCAACAAGCUCUUUGAAGUAAUCGAUCAUGUCCAGGACAUCUUCAAUGCCCUCAUAGUCAACCUUUCUACUGAAGGUGUGUCUCAGCACCGUGUUCAAGAUGUGUGCGGAGCACGGAAUCCAGUGGUAAGAGCGGAGUGCGGCUUUUAUGUUAGGGCCCUGGUCACUGACAAAAACUACCUUAGAUGGCUGUAUUCCGUAGGACCUCAGUACACUGGUUAUCUGCUCUUGAAGGUUUUUGAUGGUUUUUUUCAGUGUUUGGUCAAACUCCACUGUUGCCAAAAUGCGAUUUUCCAGCUUCCACUCCCUGAUGUAGUGACACGUAAGGACUGUGUAUGCUCUCUUUUUAAAUUCAUCUGUCCACAUAUCUGUGGUUACAGAAAUACCUCCGUUGUUGCUGAUGGCUUUUUGGAUGUCCUCCGAAAGUGUCUGCAGCUUUGCCCGAUCAUACAGUUUGCCGAUGGAGUAGGAUGGCACCAGCAUCCACGGCACGGCACUUAGCGCCUAUGUCAAUCAGCACCUGGGCCACUUGUUGAAACCCUUUACCCGAGACUAUAUCAAACGGGCGCGUAUCAUUAGUGCACAGGUCCACACAUGCAUCUGUAAGCUUUGUUUUAACAUCCUGUGGCACUCUUCUGGGAUCACGACGGACAAAACUGCUCAUGCUCAGGGUGUUUGUGGAAGUUUGGGGUUUUGCACAAAUGUGACGCACCAUGUUAGAUGUCCCGGUUUUCUGACUGUCGUAGACAUAAACAGCGUUGCAGCCAGGGCCUGAAAUUAACUUUUUUGACCACCAGCCACUGUGGCAGGUGGAUUUUGAAAUCCACCUGCCACAGUGGUUUUUUACCAGCCCAAAUUUUCUGUGCCUACAAUAAAGGUGAACGACUCAGAAAAUGCUUAAAGGGGAACAUUAUCACAAUUUCAAAAGUGUUAAAACCAAUAAAAAAUCAGUUCUCGGUGGCUUAUUUUAUUUGUUGAAGUUUUUUUCAAAAUUUUACCCGUCCCGGAAUAUCUUUAAAAAAAGCUUUAAAGUGCUUGAUUUUCGCUCUCUCGAAGCCACUGUCUAUUUUCCUAGUGUGACGUCAUACAGUGCUGCUAAUGUAAACAAACAAUGGCGAAUAGCACAGCAAAAUAUAGCGACAUUAACUCGGAUUCAGACUCGGAUUUCAGCGGCUUAAGCGAUUCAACAGAUUACGCAUGUAUUGAAACGGAUGGUUGGAGUAUGGAGGCAGAUGGCGAAAAUGAAGUUGAAGAAGAAACUGAAGCUAUUGACGCUAUUCGGCCAUAGCAUGGGUGUACCUAAUGAAGUGGCCCAUAGCAUGGCCGAAUAGCUGCGUUAGCAGCGCCGGUAAAAUGUGCGGACCAAACGAUCAGGACUUUCGCAUCUUGUGACACUGGAGCAACUUAAAUCCGUCGAUUGGUGUUUUUUUUGCAUUAAAUGUGGGUGGAAGGAAACGUAAUAUAGUUUCAAAUGUACAUAUAGCUAGCGUAAAUAGCAUGUUAGCAUCGAUUAGCUGGCAGUCACGCCGCGACCAAAUAUGUCUGAUUAGCACAUAAGUCAACAUCAACAAAACUCACCUUUGUGAUUUCGUUGACUUUAUCGUUGCAAAUGCAUCUGCAGGUUAUCCAUACAUCUCUGUGCCAUGUCUGUCAUCGCCGGUAAAAUGUGCAGACACUCGGGCACAUUCAAUGGGGGUCUGGCAGCAGACACUUUCGCAUCUUCGGGCCAGUGGUGCAACUUGAAUCCCUCCCUGUUAGUGUUGUUACACCCUCCGACAACACACCGACGAGGCAUGAUGUCUCCAAGGUUCCAGAAAAUAGUCGAAAAAACGGAAAAUAACAGCUGAGACCUGGUGUUUGUAUGUUUGAAAAAAUGAAAAUGGCGCCUUUCUUACCUAGGCAGCGUCACGUACUGACGUCAUCGCUCUGAGAGCCAUAAACAGAAAGGCGUUCAAUUCGCCAAAAUUCACCCAUUUGUAGUUCGGAAAUCGGUUAAAAAAAUAAAUGGUCUUUUUUCUGCAACAUCAAGGUAUAUAUUGACGCUUACAUAGGUCUGGUAAUAAUGUUCCCCUUUAAGAAUGGUUCUUGAACUUGUACAGAAUACACAUCAAAGUGCUGUCUGGUUAUUAACCAUUAAUGACUAGACCUAAAUGGUACUUACAUCCACACGUAGUCAGAGAAGGGUCUCAUCUUCUUUCCAAUUGCGUGUACGUUCCGAAACAGGAGCUUCAUCCUCUCCAACUGCGCUGUUUUCAUUGAGGUCAGUGCCUUGACCACAGCUGUCAGCUCCGGGGGAGCCGUCUUCCCCACUUUGCAGUUGAUCGUUUGCAAGUGGCUUUUUGAGGACUCUUGGUCCUUAAUUGCCUCUAACUUUAAGUUUUUUGUCCCGAUUACAAAUGGGUUUGAUUUCGCUUUACAUACGGCAAUCCUGACAGUACAUCUCUUCUGUUGUCCCGAACCUUGCCAUCCCUGCUUACUUUCCACUUGGUAUUAAAACGUCUUUUUUUAUUUUCUUUUUAAAUCGUCCUCCUUUUGUUGGCCUGUUAAAGCCGGCGCUGGCCUCUUCACGCCAGCGAUAUGCCGCCACAUUUUGGUUUUAAAAUCCAAGAAAAUGGUGCGGGGGCUUGCUUAGAACACACAACACACAUAGGCUACCUGAUUGGUCAGUGUUGUGUUGUCUUAUUGGCUACCUGCCAAUGUGGCAGGUAGAUUGACAGUUUCAUCCGCCAAUCCCAAAAGUUACCCGCAUUUGGUGUGGGGGCGGGUGCCAAUUUCAUGCCCUGGUCGCAGCUUUUGCAAAUCACGUAGCCAGCAUUGCUAUCAUCCUAAAAACGAGUCCGCGCUGAACUUUUCUGGUCUUUUCUUCCCCUGGUCUUUAGUAAUCCCUUUUAUAGUUUUUCGCGUACCACGUUUGCUGCCGACGUUGCCAUCUUUUUCUUUUUUUCUUCUUCUUCUGUUGUGUUGUGUUCUGCUGCAGUGCCUGAUGAUCGAUCAAGUGUUGAGGAAUGCCAGUGCACUCUGUUUCAAAGAGUGCUGCUUUUUUUUCGUAUGUGGGUAACAACAUUUAACUAUGUAUAUAUAUUUCCGAAUUGGUUCAACCGCCACCCGCCCGAAUUCAUCAUGUCACCCGCCCGACUAGCGCAUCUCCAGUAGACAGUCAUUUCAAUAGUUGACUACAAAGCUCAGAGCAACAAUUAUAGCACUAUAAUAGCAUACAACAUACUGCCAUUAAAAAAAUACAACUGGCUCUAAAAUUGGCCAUUAAAGUAACAGGUAGGGUGCUACUUUUCUUUAAUAUGUUUCAGAAAACAAGUAUGUUUUAACUAACAGUAUACAUCGAACAAGUAUAAUUUACAAAGCUGCACUAGAACAACACAGGAGUGCAAGAUUUUGUCUGUUAGUUCAGUAACAAGCUACAAAAAAUGUUGUUAUUGUUUAGCACAAGCCUUUCUCUUCAAGGCAGUGAUUCGAUUUCUGACGUAAUUUUGUUUACACCAGUCCAGUUGCGGUCUCUGCAUUGAUACACCGAAGACAGUCUAUCUUCUGUGGUAUCUUGCAAGCGAGUAUGAAGUGCAUCAUGAGUCUUUCAACAGCACCUACCUUACUCUUGUCCCUCUUACGUUUAGAGUUCUAAACCAAAAAGCACAAUAGUUUGUGAUUUUAAAUUAAUGUAGACUAAUUUCAACAAUUCUGUGUACAAUAUGAAUUAGGUAUGUGUGGAAGGUCUCUGUCCCAGAUCCCCCGUUGAUUGGCUGGAAUUACCACACCCUGUCGCAGUGGUUUACAAUCUUUUAAUGUUAGCAGUACAUGAGUCCAGUUCUCUCCAGCUUGUCAAAGGUUUUUCUCCGAGUGUGUCUCCGUCUGUCCGUCACUCUCAUUUCUCCCCCCUCAUGAUCCCCAACGCUGCUGAUAAAGGGAACAGGUGAUUAGAUAACUCGUUCCAGUUGAGGUAUCUGCUCACCUGUCUGCUGCUUCGUGGCCGGCCCCUGCACACGCCCCGCCCGCAGGGAACGCGUAGGACAUGCCCCUCUCCACAUGCCUCCACCGCCCGAUUCAGGCCGGCCGCGCCAACUUCCCUCCCCCCGCCCCCUCCCUCCGUAGAGGGCUGAGAGAGAAAGUCGGGCACGGCCAUCUGAGCCCCCGCCCUGCGGACCACCCUGAAGUUGUAAGGCUGCAGUGCAAGGUACUACCGGGUGAUCCUCGCGUUGGUGUCCCUCAUGCAGUGGAGCCACUGAGGCGGUUUGUGGUCCGAGUAGAGACUGAAGGCGCGCUCCAACAGGUAGUAGCGGAGGGCCCCGACCACCCACCGGAUGGCAAGGCACUCUCUCUCCACCGUGCUGUACCUUGCCUCCCAGUCCGAGAACUUCCGGCUGAGGUACAAUACGGGGCGGUCGAUGCCCUCCACCUGCUGGGACAGUACCGCCCCCAGUCCCCGACUCGACGCGUCUGCCUGCAGACAGAAAGGGAUUUCAAAGUUAGGCAUGUGCAUCACCGGCUCCUCACAGAGUGCUUUUUUCACCUUCUGUUGCCGGCCCCUGCAUACGCCCCGCCCGCAGUAAACGUGUAGGCCACGCCCCUCUCCACAGUAUGCUAACUUUUUUUUACUAGUUAACCAAUACUAUAACCUGCUAUAGCAGUGGUUCUCAACCUUUUUUCAGUGAUGUACCCCCUAUGAACAUUUUUUUCAUUCAAGUACCCCCUAAUCAGAGCAAAAACAAAGAACAUAAACAAUGAAUGAGCUAAACAAGAUAGUGCAAAACCAAUACGAUAAAAGGAGUCGAAAAAAAGUUAAAAAAAAAUGUAUUAGAAAGUAUCCAGUAACAAACGUGUCCGCAUCAUUCAACUUCCCGCGCCGUGAGCUUGAUUUGAUGGCUUCCGGACUUUAAAUGAUCCAUCCAUCCAUUUUCUACCGCUUAUUCCCUCUUGGGGUCAUGGGGGGCGCUGGUGCCUAUCUCAGCUACAAUCGGGCGGAAGGCGGAUUGUACACCCUGGACAAGUCGCCACCUCAAAUAGGUAAAUUUUUAUCAUUCCGGUGGAUAAAUCCAAUCCAUUAUUGUUAUUAUUAUUUUUAUUAUAAUUACUGGUAUCCAUUUAUCUAAAAAAAAAUUUAUUUUUUUAAAAAGAAGGGUUUUUAAGCCUUUUUUUAAAAGCAUUCACAGCCUCUGGUGCCCUCAGGUGGUCAGGGAGAGCGUUUCACAGACUAGGAGCGGCGGAGCAGAAAGCCCGGUCUCCUACUGAUACCGGUUAGAAUUUUAUCAUUCAGUGUUCUCUUUUUGAGUCAUUUCACUUGAUAAGGCUUUUAUUACAUUCCGCACUCCAAACCAAUGCAAGUAUAUAUGAUUCGUGCUCACAUCGGAUCAAUAUUGGCAUCGCCCAAUAAUCAAGGCUCUAAUAUCCGUAUCGUAUAGGACAGCUUAAGGCAGUGAUUGUCAAACUGGUAUCUGUACCACUAGUGCGAGGCGGCCUCCAUCUAGUGGUACGCCAAAGCAUCACCUGAUUAAAGUACAGUGUUUUAUUUUCCUAUAUUCAAACCCUGUCAAUGUUCAGACUAUAGGCCAAAAAAUAUUCAGUAUGCCUGUUAAAUAAACCUCUGACUUGUUUUUGAUGAAUACUUAGGCCUGUUGGGCUACUGUAUUUGAAUGCUGGUCACUAUGGUGGAACUUGGAUAAAAAAGUAUUGCUGAUUAUGAACUUCUCAUAAUUAAACUUAUGAGAAGUUUAAUUAUAUUAACUACACACUUUCAGGAAUUGUUUUAUUGUGUUAUUGUAAAGUUUUGUGCGUAGCAUUUUAAUGAAAAACUUUCUUUUGGAAAAUGGCUUUACUUUAACAAAAUGUGAAAACAAAUGUGGGUGGGUGAAUACUUUUUUUUUUAUAGACGCCGUUCAACAUGUAAAUGAAUUUAUUAUAAAAAAUGUCACUGAAGCUCUAUUCUCAUUCUGAUGUAAUUUUGCAUGUGUUAGUAAUGUCCUUUUUUUCUAUUUUACUGUAGGGAUUUUGGCUCAAAAGUCACCACUUUGCAUAGUGCAUGUAUGUUUUGCAGGUGUUGACACUUACUGCAACCACCAACUCUUGAGAACAUUGAAGGAGUUUAUCUUCAAAAUGCUGUCUGUGUUAUGAAUAAAUAAAAACACAUAAAAGCUGA